AUGGCAGACCUUGCAAGUAGCCGGAGUCUGGGACCCCUAGGCCUCCACAGUACCCUCCAAACCCUGUUCAUGGUGCUCUUAUUAGUGCUGGUCAUGAUGAGCUUGGUAUUUGGUAAAUUCGCCGUCAUCGAUCAGCAACCCCCUCUUCUGUUGCCCAAGUAUCUGCGCUGCUAUCGAUGCCUCUUUGAGACCAAGGAGUUGGGGUGCCUUCUGGGAUCUGACAUCUGCCUCGUCCCACGUGGCAGCAGCUGCAUCACACUCCACAUAAAGAACAGUAGCAGUACUGACAUCAUGGUGAGCGACUGUCGCCGAAAGGAACAGAUGCACGACUGCUCAUAUACCCGAACCUCUCCGGUAUUUGGCUUCUGGAUAUAUUCACAAUGCUGCUUCCUGGAUUUCUGCAACGAACCUCAGAACCGAGUGCUCUCUAGUCCUUAG